GUUUUGUACCAAUUUUGUAAGUCCACCGUACAGUCGGUUAUUUUAGGACACUUAGGUUUUCAGCAGAUAUGAUGAAAAUGUGUUGUCAAUUUAUGGAAUAUAAUGGCUUUAAUCAGAACGCUUACAGUGAAAAAACUUGAUAGUUCUCGAGUAUUCUACGAUAAAUUUCAUUUUAAAAAAAGAUUCAAUCACUUAACACGAACAUCUACAAUAUGGAAUCGUGAGAUGUCCUGCAAACGUUCAAAACAUCCGGUUAAUUGUAAAAUUGCCCUAAUAACCGGAGGAUCCGUUGGUAUUGGCUACGAAUUUGCUAAAUCUAUGUUGCAAUGUGGCUUAAAGGGAGUGGUGUUGGGAGACGUUCGAGAAAAAGACGGUAAAAGAGCAGCAGAAGAAUUUAAUGAAACUUUUGGUGAAAAUAAAGCUUUCUUUUUGAAAUGUGAUGUGACCAAAGGGGAAGAACUGGAAAAUUUAUUUAAAUAUUGCAUUGAUAAAUACAAAACCAUAGAUAUUGUAAUCAAUAACGCUGGAUUACUCCAAGAUAAAUAUUGGUCUCUUGAAAUUGACGUUAAUGUGAAAGGUGUGAUUCAUGGCACAUUACUUGGUUUCGAAUAUAUGGGAAAGCACAAAAAAGGUAAAGGAGGAAGCAUUGUAAACGUUGCAUCAAUUUAUGGUCUACAACAAGCACAUGGGUGUCCAGUUUAUAACGGUACGAAGGCCUUUGUUAUACGUUUUAGUGAUGCCAUGUCGAAUGAAUAUUAUGAAAACUUAACUGGAGUCAAAGUUUUUACCAUUUGUCCUGGUGUAACGGACACUAAUAUGAUUGAUGAAUCUGCUAAAUAUGGCUUGCAAGGGUUUGGUGAUGUAGGCAAAAUACUAAGUGACGCACUGGCUAAUUUGCCGAGUCAACCGGCCGAAGCUUGUGGAAGAUGUCUACUGAAAAUGUUAUGUGCCGAUGAAAAUGGCAGCAUAUGGGUAAUAGAAGAAAGUGAGUGUUACGAAGUUAAGCUUCCUGAUCGUCAUACUCUUCGAGGUUGUGAUGAUGAUUGAUUUGUUAAAUGAUAUGUAAUUUAAUAACAUGUGCAAACAAAAAUUAAACUAGUAUCAUCAA